GAGCUUUGUCAGUAACAGUUGAUUGUAAUGUCAGUGCAGUCCAAUUUACAGGCUGGAGCAGCAGCUGCAUCCUGCAUUUCCCUGAAGUAUUGCAUGAUUUCUACUCCUUGCAAACUUUAUCAUCUUUAUUUUUGCAGAAAGUCGGAAAUCAACAUGCAGAGCAAGCACUCAUUCAUAGGUAUUCAGUUUCUCUUGUGGUUUCUUCUGCUCUGCAUGCUUAUUAGGAAGUCACACACUGAAGAAGAUAUGAUAAUUACAACCAAGACCGGGAAAGUGAGAGGGAUGAGCUUAUCAGUACUUGGUGGCACUGUCACUGCCUUUCUUGGAAUCCCUUAUGCACAGCCACCCCUUGGUACACUUCGAUUCAAAAAGCCACAACCCCUGAAUAAGUGGUCUGACAUUUGGAAUGCCACAAAAUAUGCAAAUUCUUGCUAUCAGAACAUUGAUGAAAGCUUCCCAGGCUUUCUGGGAUCAGAGAUGUGGAAUCCAAACACGGACCUCAGUGAAGACUGCUUAUAUCUGAAUGUGUGGGUUCCGGCACCUAAACCAAAGAAUGCUACUGUAAUGAUAUGGAUCUAYGGUGGUGGCUUUCAGACUGGGACAUCCUCUUUACAUGUCUAUGAUGGCAAGUUCCUGGCUCGGGUUGAAAGAGUUAUUGUAGYUUCAAUGAACUAUAGGGUGGGUGCCCUAGGAUUCUUAGCUUUACCAGGAAACCAAGAGGCUCCAGGGAACAUGGGCUUAUUUGAUCAACAACUGGCUCUUCAGUGGGUCCAUAAAAAUAUAGCAGCCUUUGGCGGAAAUCCUAAAAGUGUUACUCUCUUUGGAGAAAGUGCAGGAGCAGCUUCAGUGAGCCUUCAUUUGCUUUCUCCUAGAAGCCACCCUUUGUUCACCAGAGCCAUUCUUCAAAGUGGAUCCUCCAAUGCCCCUUGGGCAGUAAUUUCUCCUUAUGAAGCCAGGAAUAGAACCUUGACCUUAGCUAAAUUCAUUGGUUGCUCCAGUGAGAAUGAGACGGAGAUAAUAAAAUGCUUUCAAAAUAAAGAUCCCCAGGAAAUUCUUCUGAAUGAAGUGUUUGUUCUCCCUUAUGACACUCCUUUGUCAAUAAAAUUUGGUCCCACUGUGGAUGGUGAUUUCCUCRCUGACAUGCCAGACACACUACUCCAACUUGGACAAUUCAAAAAGACUCAGAUAUUGGUGGGUGUUAAUAAAGAUGAAGGGACAGCUUUUCUAGUAUAUGGUGUUCCUGGUUUCAGCAAAGAUAACAAUAGUGUCAUAACAAGGAGGGAAUUUCAAGAAGGUCUAAAAAUGUUUUUUGAAGGAGUGAGUGAAUUUGGGAAGGAAUCAAUUCUUUUCCAUUAUGCUGAUUGGUUAGAUGAUCAGAGACCUGAAAACUACCGUGAGGCCUUGGAUGAUGUUGUUGGYGAUUAUAAUAUCAUAUGUCCUGCUUUGGAGUUUACCAAGAAGUUCUCAGAUUUGGGAAACAAUGCCUUUUUCUACUAUUUUGAACACCGAUCUUCCAAACUUCCUUGGCCAGAAUGGAUGGGAGUGAUGCAUGGCUAUGAAAUUGAAUUUGUCUUUGGUUUACCUCUGGAAAGAAGAGUUAACUACACAAGAGCCGAGGAAAUUUUGAGUAGAUUCAUAAUGAAAUGUUGGGCAAAUUUUGCAAAGUAUGGGCAUCCAAAUGGGACCCAGAACAAUAGCACAAGAUGGCCAGUCUUCAAAAGCACUGAACAAAAGUACCUAAGUUUGAACACAGGAUCUCCAAGUGUGCACASUAAACUACGUGCUCAACAAUGCCGAUUCUGGACACUGUUUUUUCCCAAAGUCUUGGAAAUGACAGGAAAUAUUGAUGAAGCAGAACAAGAGUGGAAAGCAGGAUUCCAUCGCUGGAACAAUUACAUGAUGGACUGGAAAAAUCAAUUUAACGAUUACACCAGCAAGAAAGAGAGCUGUAUGGGUCUCUAAUUAAUAGAUUUACCCUUUAGAGAAUGUGCAUUUUCCCAUAGAUGAAGGUAAAAUAUCAGUAGCUCUCUACAUACCUUCGAAGAAAGCUAUUAUAUAGCUGAAACAAAACUGCCAGAAGGGUAAUAUUGAUCCCUCACAUCUUUCACUUAGUAUUUUACCUAGCAUUUCAAAACCCAAAUGGUUAGGCCACGUUUAAUUAAAUUUCACAAUAUGAAGUUUGACAAUUAAUUAUAUGCAUAUUAAAAUGAUGUGCUGCUUUAAUCUUUAUUUUCUGAAUAACUAAGUGUUUUUCCCCAAAAUGUAUUUUGUUUUUAGUGGCAUAUGUAUUUUCAUUAUUAUUCUUAAAAAAAACAAUGUUUUUAAAAUGAAUAAAAUCUUGAAACACUGGAUGCUAUAAUUUACAGUGUGGUUUCUUCUAAUCAGUUGGCAAGAUUAAUGCCAAUGUGAGAUAUUAAAACAAGCACAGACAAUAAU